GCAAAGCAUUCAGCACGUCCAGCAGGAUUCCGCAGCCUGCGAUUCCGCAGCCUGCGAAGCCUCAGUUGGGAAAGACCUCUGAUACUCUCACGAUGAGCUCUUCUAGCGUCAGAGCAUCACGCCAUGCGGCCGCACUGCGGCGCAUCACCCGGGAUCUUCAGGAGUUGGACGCUGAGCCUUUGGAGCUUGUUUCAGCCAGGCCAUUGGAUCUCAAUGAGCCUUUCCACUGGCAUGUGAACCUGCGGCCCCGGGUUGGCCCACUGCAGGGCUGCAUUUUUCAUUUGGUGAUGGAUCUACCGCGCGACUAUCCCUUCAGUCCACCAAAUGUGCGAUUUCCGCAUCAAAUUUCGGCCUUCCGGCAUCCCAAUCUCUUCGGGAGCAUGAUUUGCUUGGACAUUUUGCAGAGCUAUAUUGGUAUACAUCAUGACCGGAGUGGCUGGAGCACUGCCUACACCAUCCAGACCGUGCUGCUGCAGUUGGCGUCCUUUCUUUUUGAGACGGACCACGUGCCGCAGGACUAUGGAGGAACCAAAAAGUCUCACAUGACCCCCAAGAUGGCAGAACAAGUCCGUGCCCAGUGUGAGAACUUGCACUGUCGGGAAUGUGGUCAUUGCUUCUCAAAACCUUGGCCUCCACUGCCGGACGCCGCACCGGAGCAGACCGCUGAGUUCGGCUGCAGAGAUGAGAGCUGCACGCGUCCAGAAGUCGCUGGAGUAGCUGGGCCAUCCAUGCCGCUUGCUGGCCCGCUCUCGACAACCUCCGAGAAGGACCCCGUGGUUGGUGACUUGGUCUCAGGCGUAGCGGUGAAAGACUGUGCCAAAGGCUUCAUCCUCGAGUUGGCCAACCCACGCGGCCGCAGGGGCUGGCUGAGCCGGCGUGGGUUCGUCCUGGCGCAGCAGCAGGAGAUCUCGGCUUACGUCACCUCUGUGGACGAGAGGUGGCUGUGCUUGGAGCUGGUCCCAAGGCGCUCGCAUGUUGAGCUGACAGAGCACAUGGCUGCUGCGACCCCUGUCACUGGCGUGAUUGUUUCCAUCAAGAGCUAUGGCAUGUUCGUGGACAUCGGUGGCCCAGCACCUGGACUUGUUCACGUCUCCGAGAUGGAUGUGGACAUGGAUGCCUUUCAAGUCAAGAGUUUGGUGUUGGUUCGCAUUUUGGAGGUGGACUCUCCAAAAGGCUUGCGGCUCACUGCCCGGAGUGGACCCUUUCCGCGUGUCCACCGAGCCUUAGGUCCGUGUAUGCCGUUGCUGCCACCUCGCUUGUACCAGGACCUGCCAGGCCCUGCCUCGGAGCUCCUCCUGCAGAUGCUGCCCCUGGGAACCUUGAAGUCCUUGGCGCGGGUGAGCCGAGGAUGGAGGCAGCCAGCGGAGGAGGCAAUCUCCAUCUACUUCGACUUGACUCAGCUGCGGUGCUUCCACACGAAGGCAGCCUUCUACGAAGCUGACACACUACUAGGCCUCGGUGUGGCCAUCACCGAGGAAUCCACCGGCAAGCGGCACCUCACUUGUGACUUUGACCCCUUGUCCGAAGAGGCCUUCUUCGAUUUGCAUGUGGACAAAGGAGUAUGGAAGCAGACCAUCAGCUAUUGGAUCCCCAUGGCGAUUUGCAAGAGUCACUUCGAGCGCGCUUUGGAGAGGCUCCUGGCUGCCGUCUCUCAACUGGGUACUGGCAAGGUGGCCGAAAUGACCAAGUCCCAUGGCUUGGGAUCCAGUGGGCGACAGUCUUUCAGUGGGGCUCCGAGCUGUCCCAAGGACCAGCCUACCACAAUGACCUUCCAGGAGUGGCAGGAGCAAAGAGCCGCACUGUUUGAGAGACAGAAGCAGCAACGAGAAGCUCGUGCACGACAGGGCUUGACUUUGGAAGAGUGGCAGAAAAGAGAGGCAAGAGUCAAGGCUGAGAGGGCCAAGGCGGCAGCAGCCAAAGUCAAAGCAGCGCUCCUGAAGGCUGAGGCAGAACCCUUGCAGGACGUCCUGCCCUUGGAUCAGGUGGCUGCGAUGGAGGUUUUGCCCAAGCUCAUGAACUCACAGAUCGUGUUGCUCAUGAAAGGUGAUGUGCAUACCUCGGAGAAGGCCCUUGCUGGGUACAUGGCCUUCCACCACACCUUGCUGUUGCUCAAGAGAAGCUAUACCUCUUUGAGCGAUGACAUUGAGAAGAAGUUGAGGGUCUUCCGCGAAGAUGAAGGCAUGAGACACAAAGAAAAGGUACCAAAUUUGGGGGAGUUCAUGUGUUUGCUCUCAGUCUCCGAUGAGCUUACUUGGGAUGAGCUCGCGGUUCCCAUCUUGGAAGAGACUUUCGACCGUGGGGUUCUUUGGCUGGUCAAAGCGUAUCCUCUCCUGGCGGACUAUCAUGCACCCGUGGAGGAAAGAAUGGAGAAGACUUGGGAGACUGGUAGAGUAUCACGUGAACUCUUGAUGUUCCAUGCGUGGUUUCUUCAUCACAUCGCUCACAUCAAGCACGAGCAUGGAGAGGGCAUGUGUCGACGAGCAAGCUGUUUGCUUGAACGCUACGAGCGCACCAAAGGUUUGCCUUUGCAAUCCACCGUCAGCGCCUUGCAGCAAGCUUGCCGAAGAUUCCACGACAUCCACACAUGGCAGGACUUCUUUGUAUCUAUUGACGUGGAGCCCAUGGAAGAGCCAGCAAUUGGCCAAUGGCUGCGACGGUGUGCCCUGCGGUCUCAGCGGAAGCGUUACCACCGUGGCCGUGGGCCCCGUUCCUAGGCGUUCUGAGGCAAGAGGUGGAAGACAGGCAGUUUUUGGCUCCAGACUUCCAGGGUUUCAAGAGAAGAAGACAAAGCCCAAUUCUUGGUGAAGACCAAUCUCGUAUGACAGGUUACUUCCAGGAGGUUGUAUAAGAAAAUCCUGUGGAAGAUGGAUUCCUCUUUGUUUGGCAGCCUGCUGCAGCUUUUUGCACGGGAAGGCUUUUGCUGCCUUCCAGAUCCUAGUGCUGCUGUUCAGUGUACAGACUUGAGCUGCUUGCCAAUUGUACAGUCACCUUUCUUGAGAAGGAUUGAGGAAGGUUUACAGCUAGUUUGGGCGAAGGCUGUUAAAA